CGUCAAUUCCUGCUAUGACUUCACCUCGACUGUUUGAUGCCUCUUCAUUGUUUACAUAUCUUCCACAAAACGCCGAUUAAGAAAGAAUCUAUGCAAUAACAGAUUCUUCACUACUUACCAAUCUCACCAUAUUUACCCUUUUAUGCUACCAUGAACUUGGGAAUCGCGCAAUUGAACUAGCUUCAAAUCCAGCACUGCACGUCAGCUGGCUUGCGUCGGCCAUGUCACAUAUUCCCACGGCGGUACCGCCGCCCUCGCAAACAAGUAAAAAGGUAACAGCCUCAUCAAAAACAACAUUCCAUUUCCUCGCCGGGCUAGCCUCAGGUCUCUCCUCCUCCAUCCUCCUCCAACCGGCCGACCUCCUCAAAACCCGCGUCCAACAAUCCAAACGCACAGCCUCUCUCUCCUCUACAAUCCGUUCAAUCAUCUCCUCUCCAAACCCGAUCCGCAAUCUAUGGCGCGGCACACUCCCCUCCGCCCUUCGAACAGGUUUCGGAUCCGCGCUAUAUUUCACAUCCCUAAACGCGUUACGCCAGGAAGUCGCACAACGAGGACCGGCAAUCGCGCUCGCCGAGGGUGCUAAUAAGCAGACAUAUUACACUUCUUCCGCACUACCGAAACUAUCGCAUACCGGGAAUCUCCUCACCGGUGCUGUUGCGCGCACCGCGGCUGGGUUCGUUAUGAUGCCUGUCACUGUGAUCAAAGUACGGUAUGAAUCGGACUACUAUGCUUAUCGCAGCAUACUGGGUGCUGCCAAGGAUAUCUUCAAGACGGAGGGUAUAAGAGGACUUUUCGCGGGUUUUGGUGCUACGGCAGUCCGCGACGCUCCGUAUGCGGGUUUGUACGUCGCCUUUUACGAGCAAUUCAAACGCACACUCGCGGGAAUCAUCGGCAAUAAUACCACUACUAAAGUUAACGACGGUAACAAUAAUAAUCAAAAACAGUUGACCAAAAACAUCUCCUCGUCGACUGUGAAUUUCGCAUCAGGUGCACUCUCUGCCGGACUAGCAACAGCUCUCACCAACCCGUUUGAUGCUGUGAAAACGAGGAUUCAGCUGCAACCGGGAAAGUAUCGUAACAUGUUUUAUGCGUUGAAAUUAAUCAUCAGGGAGGAUGGCGGGAAGGGUCUGUUGAGUGGUCUUGGCUUGAGAAUGGGAAGAAAAGCGCUGAGUUCGGCGCUGGCGUGGACGGUGUAUGAGGAGUUGAUUAUGAGGGCAGAGAAGAGGUGGUCGGUUGAAGAGAGGAUGGGGCUAUGAGAUGUACCAAUAGUUUAAUAACAUAAAUUAUCAUGUGGGCGGGUGCGGUUUGUAUAGACAUGGGAAAGAACGGUGCAUUGGGACUCUAUGUAUAAUAGAAGGGCGGGUUUGGCGUAUUUUUAGGGGUUGCAACAUUUGAAUACACAACUCAUGUUAACAUUAAAGAA